AAGAUUCCUGGAUUAUUAAGUCAUCAUUAUUCGAAAAUCAAAACCUUUUUCAAAAAAGAGAAACAGAAAUACUUGAAUUGCAUUUAAUUACCUCUCAUUGAACUUUUAUGGCCUCAAUUCUUGAGUUCAUUGACAUUAUCAUUUUCAUCAUUGGCUUUCUUGGUAACCUGAAAAACUGCCCAAGAAAGUGGCAGAAUCUCAAAAUCUUUGCCAACUAGUUCUCUGUUUCUUGUUUCUUUCCCUGCCUGGUUUUGGAAACCUGUGUUUUCUGAACUAGUUAUUCCAGAAAUGACUGUUGAUGGCUGUAGAGGGGCCAGAGAGGACAUCCGGGAUGAUUUUCCAGUGGGAAUGCGCAUUCUUGCUGUCGAUGACGACCCUGUUUGCUUGAAGCUCUUGGAAAAUAUGCUUAGCAAGUGUCAAUAUCACGUAACCGCGACAAAUCAAGCAAGAGUGGCACUGAAGAUGUUGAGAGGGAACAGAGACAAAUUUGACCUGGUUAUAAGUGAUGUCCAUAUGCCUGACAUGGAUGGUUUCAAACUGUUAGAGCUUGUUGGUCUUGAGAUGGACCUUCCUGUCAUUAUGUUGUCGGCGAAUGGUGACACCAGGCUUGUGAUGAAGGGAGUUACUCAUGGUGCUUGCGACUACCUGGUGAAGCCUGUGAGGAUUGAGGAGCUGAGGAACAUUUGGCAGCAUGUAAUCAGGAGAAAGAAGUUUGAUUCCAAAAUUACCCAGAGCAACUCGUCUGGUCGGGAUCAUCAUCACUGUGGAAGUGAGGAAAGUGGACUGGUGGGGGACCAGUCAUCUGCUUCUGCUGUUCAUCAUCACAAUGAAAAACUCAGCCAUAAGAGGAGAAAGGAUGAGGAGCAAGAAGGAGAGAGUGAUAAUGGAGAGGAUGAUGAAGAAGACCCAUCAACACAGAAAAAGGCUAGAGUCGUCUGGCGUCCAGAACUUCAUAGGAAGUUUGUUGCAGCCGUUAAUCAGCUGGGCAUUGAAAAAGCUUUUCCUAAGAAGAUUCUUGGUCUGAUGAAUGUUGAAGGGCUUACUCGAGAAAAUGUAGCCAGCCAUCUCCAGAAGUAUAGGUUAUACUUGAAAAGGAUCAGUUUGAUUCAAACUCCCUAUGGCAGCAUCCCGGCUGUGUUUGGUGGCAAAGAUUCUGCUUAUAAUAUUCGGAUGGGUUCACAGGAUGGGUUCAGAGACCUUCACACAUUGGCUGCACCUGGACAAUAUAGCCAUGCUAAUACGUUCUUAUCAUCAUCACCAUAUUCAUUUAGUAGGCUUAAUACAUCUGCUGGUGUGAGCCUUCAAAACCUUAACUCACUCGGUUUGCUCCAACCAAGUCAUCCCCAAACUUUAGGAAACCUCACCCUUGGUCAUCUGGGGAAGUUGAACUCGAAUGGCCAAAGCUCAAUUAGUUCUUUCCUAGGCACUCCGUCACUGGAGCUUGACCACGUCCAACACAGUAAGUUUACCACAAGUGUACUGGGCCUCAAUCAGUUGGGAAACUCAAGGCUUCUUACAGCUACUAGUAGUAUAUGCACAGGCUCUGGAUCUUCUAUGGGCAACUCAAUCAAUACUAUGAUUCUUCAAAGGAACUCCCAGUAUGGACAGAAAAGGGAAGGGUUAGGAAACCCAAAUUCUUUAUGGUCUGAUCCAUUAAGUAAGGACGCUUCUAACUUCCUUGACCAUGGAGGAGGAUCAAAUGAAACUCUGCAGAAUCCUGCUCUGGUUUCAAACGUGCAGGCAAACCACCCUUAUUUAUUGACAGAAGCUUUUGGUCUCAGCAGCCAGUUGAGUAAAAAUAAAGAUGGAUGGAAUUAUUCUACAUCCGACCCUCACUUACCGGGCAGCCCUCUUCUUUGUCAUUCUUCUACUGCCUCUGCUUCUAUGCUUCCUGAAGAGGGAACGGGGGGUUUAACACCAAACCAUGAAGCUCUCACAGGCAAUCAGAUACCUAGCCUACUGUGGGAAGAGCAUGAAAAGAAUCACAACUUGACUAAUGGUAUGACAUGAUGCCUUUUAUUAUAAGCCAGGGUGUUGACCAGAAUUACGAUGUCUUCAAUAGAAGGAUGGAUACAUCUUUAAUUGGUCAAGCAAAUGGAGGUUCUUCGGUUCACCUUCAAGACUCGAGGGUGAGAAGCAAUGAAGACUACCUUUUGAACUCUGCAAAGACACUGCUUAAUAAUGGCUCUCAGGGUAG